UAAGUGGACAAUGAGGGUUGUUGUUGGUUUGCUGUUGUUGCUGCUGGCUCUGUGUGGGUCAGGGGCUCAGGGGGAGGGUGGAGGCCUCGGACAGGUGGGUGAGAUCAGCGAGUUUCAGGAGACAGCCCCAAGAGAUGCAGCUGAGGAAUCGGCUGAGUCAACAACAAAGCAAACCACCCCUGACAUCUGGGCGGAGGUGAGGGCACUGAGAGACAUGGUGGUGGAGCUCAAGGUGUUCGUGCAGAUGCUGCAGAGAGAGAACUCUGACCAAGAGACUAGACUGACUGCCACUGAGAGCAAAACAACUAACCUAGAAAAAGAGAAUGCAGACUUACAGACCAGACUGAGCAACAGUGAGAGUGAACUUCUCCUCAGCAAGUCCAGGAUUGACCAGCUGGAGAGAGAAAAUGCAGUCCAAGCCACAGACCUGACAUCUUUGGGAACUAGACUGACUGCCACAGAGAGCAACACAAGUGACCUAGAAAAAGAGAAUGCAGACUUACAGACCAGACUGAGCAGCAGUGAGAGUGAACUUCUCCUCAGCAAGUCCAGGAUUGACCAGCUGGAGAGAGAAAAUGCAGUCCAAGCCACAGACCUGACAUCUUUGGGAACUAGACUGACUGCCACAGAGAGCAAAACAAGUGACCUAGAAAAAGAGAAUGCAGACUUACAGACCAGACUGAGCAGCAGUGAGAGUGAACUUCUCCUCAGCAAGUCCAGGAUUGACCAGCUGGAGAGAGAAAAUACAGACCAUGAAACUAGACUGACUGCCACCGAGAGCAAAUCAAGUGACCUAGAAAAAGAGACUGCAGACUUACAGACCAGACUGAGCAGCAGUGAGAGUGAACUUCUCCUCAGCAAGUCCAGGAUUGACCAGCUGGAGAGAGAAAAUGCAGUCCAAGCCACAGACCUGACAUCUUUGGGAACUAGACUGACUGCCACAGAGAGCAACACAAGUGACCUAGAAAAAGAGAAUGCAGACUUACAGACCAGACUGAGCAGCAGUGAGAGUGAACUUCUCCUCAGCAAGUCCAGGAUUGACCAGCUGGAGAGAGAAAAUGCAGUCCAAGCCACAGACCUGACAUCUUUGGGAACUAGACUGACUGCCACAGAGAGCAACACAAGUGACCUAGAAAAAGAGAAUGCAGACUUACAGACCAGACUGAGCAGCAGUGAGAGUGAACUUCUCCUCAGCAAGUCCAGGAUUGACCAGCUGGAGAGAGAAAAUGCAGACCAUGAAACUAGACUGACUGCCACCGAGAGCAAAUCAAGUGACCUAGAAAAAGAGACUGCAGACUUACAGACCAGACUGAGCAGCAGUGAGAGUGAACUUCUCCUCAGCAAGUCCAGGAUUGACCAGCUGGAGAGAGAAAAUACAGACCAUGAAACUAGACUGACUGCCACCGAGAGCAAAUCAAGUGACCUAGAAAAAGAGACUGCAGACUUACAGACCAGACUGAGCAGCAGUGAGAGUGAACUUCUCCUCAGCAAGUCCAGGAUUGACCAGCUGGAGAGAGAAAAUGCAGAGAGACCAAAGGUGGCCUUUUACACAGCUCUGACUGAUGCAGGACAUGUUGGACCAUACAGCACCGACAUCACACUGAAAUACAGCAAAGUCUUCACCAACAUAGGCAAUGCUUACAAUCCAGCUACAGGUUUCUUCACAGCACCAGUCAAAGGGGUCUACUAUCUCCAGUUCUCUGUGUGUAGUAACCGCACAGGUUAUAUGGGUGUGUAUGUGUACAAGAACAACCAGCUGAUCAUGUUUAAUGAUGAGGGGAAAGAAGAAGUGGGUCUUGAGUAUUUGACUAAGUCUGUUGUCUUGGAGCUGAAGGCAGGAGAUGAAAUCUACCUGGUUCUCCCAUCAGGCUAUUCUCUCUAUGACAGUCCACAUAACCAUAACACCUUCAGUGGCUCUCUUCUCUUCACACUGUAAGGACGUUGUUACCACAAAUAUCAAAUACUGUAAUGUGAUCCUGAAUCUGACUUCCCUCUUGUGUUUCACACGAAAACAAUAUUAAAAAAUAAUUCAAA